AUGUGUGCACAGCAGGCAGCUCGCAGUUCAUGUGACGUAGACAACAAUGGAAUAAGAGAAAAAAUCGCUCUUUUUAUUAAAAUCAAUUUCAUUUUUUUCCAGGAGGAUUGGAUUUGAAGGCCCAGGAAGCGGCACUUCGCUCCGGACCAGAUGUCGUCGUGGCGACGCCCGGACGACUCAUCGACCAUUUGCACAACUCGCCCAACUUCAAUUUGAGCAACAUUGAGGUACUGUAAUCUAUUGGAAUAUGACAAGAAUCGGGAAAAUUCUAGGUGCUGGUGCUCGACGAGGCCGACAGAAUGCUCGAGGAGGCGUUCCGCGACCAAAUGAACGAGCUCAUCCGACUCUGUGCGCCCAACCGCCAGACCCUUCUGUUCUCGGCCACAAUGACGGAGGAGAUCGACGAGUUGGCGUCGAUGUCUCUGCAGAAGCCCGUCAAAAUCUUCAUCAACGAGAACACGGACACGGCGCUCAAGCUCCGUCAGGAGUUUAUUCGUGUUCGAGCCGGAAGAGAGACGGAUAGAGAGUCGAUGGUGGCCGCACUCGUCACCCGAACCUUCCAGACCAACACGAUUGUGUUCGUUCGCACCAAGAAGGACUGCCAACGCAUGCAAAUCCUUCUGGGACUCCUCGGAAUCAAAGUGGGACAAAUGCAGUCGUCGCUCACACAGGGACAACGUAUCGAAUCGCUGUCCAAGUUCAAAAAGGGAGAAAUCGACGUGCUGGUGUCGACGGAUCUAGCCUCGAGAGGUCUGGACAUCGAGGGAGUGCAGACUGUGAUCAACAUGAACAUGCCGAAUGCGAUCAAACAGUACAUUCAUCGAGUGGGACGAACUGCGCGUGCCGGAAAAGCGGGACGCUCCAUCUCACUGGUCGGAGAGGACGAGCGCAAACUGCUGAAAGAGAUUGUGAACUCGAACGCGGAUCGCACGCUCAAGCAGAGAUUGGUGGCGCCGGAAGUGGUGGAGGCGUAUCGGAGACGAAUCGACGAGUUGGAGGAGACCAUUAUGCAGAUCGACGAGGAAGAUCGGGAGGAGAAGGAGCUGCGAAUUGCGGAGGCGUCGAUGGCGAAGACUCAAUAUGCACUGGAGACUGGAGAAGGCGGAAAAGAGAAGAGGGUUUGGAUGAUGAAGGAGUCGCAAGUUGGUAAGCGUUUGUAAGAAUUCAGACAGCACAUGGUAAUGCAUUAUUUUUUACAGAAAAACAGAAAAAGCGUGAGGAGAAGCGUCAAAUGAAGAUUGACGCGAAAAAGAAGGCGCAGGCGGCCAAGUCUCCUGAAGACAUUGCCAUCGAACACGAGGCGGCGUUCCACGUGCGCGCUGCGAAAAGAGCACGUCUCUCGAAGAACCGAAAGAUUCGGGCGGUCGUCGAAAACGAGCCACGUGGCGCGAAACAGACGGCGCAGAAGAAGAAGUCGAAUGCGAAGACGUCGUUGCGAGACAUUCCGAUGGUGCAGAGCGGAGCGCGUGGAGUGCAGAAACCAGGAAAGGGCGGAGCCGGAGCUAAAAAGGGAUUCACCUCCGCACUGGCGUCCGUUUCCCGAAAAUCGGUCAAGGCCGCCCGUCACGGACCACAAGACUCCAAGUUCCAGAAGGCACGAGUCGCCCAUCGUAUGAAAACCAAAAAACGCUAA